AUUCGUUUAUUUAUUUACUUCCUAUCCAUGGAUCAUUACACAUGAUACAGGACAAGUUGUGGUUGUAUCAAAUAUGCAAAGAUAUGCAACAGUUUUUCGCUUUAUGCAAAGAAAACGUCAAUUUGUUAUUAAUCGAUCAUAUAUUAGACAUUUGAGUGUCUGCUGCGAGAUUCCUACUAGAAUUCAUCGGAGAUUAGCAGUGGAAUUACAUUGGAAUUUAAAUCAGUGUAGAAACAUGUUUCUUCAUUCCGAAUUAAAAUGUUAUUCAUCAAACAAAUCUUGGAACCUAGUUAAUCAUGAAGAACCGAGAUCCGCUGGUAUUAUUGUGAUUGGCGAUGAAAUCUUAAAAGGUCAAGUACAUGAUACUAAUUCCUACUUUAUUGCUGGAAGCUUGUACAAACUUGGAUUGAAAGUAGGCAAGAUAUCUGUCAUUGGCGAUGUUGAAGAGGUGAUAUCUAAAGAAGUGAAGAAAUUUUCACAGGAAUAUACAUAUGUGAUUACAACAGGAGGCAUUGGACCAACCCAUGAUGAUAUCACCUUUCAGUCAGUGGCAAAGGCUUUUGAAGAAUCACUCAUUCCACAUCCAGAGCUGGUUAAACUUGUCUCUGACUAUUAUAAAACAGUUGAUCUCAAUUCACCAGCAAUGAAGAUGGCUCAUGUUCCUAGCUCAGCUAAACUAAGGUAUGGAUACGAUGCAGCCACGGGACGGAAAACUCUGUAUCCCAAUGUGUCAGUAAGGAAUGUAUACAUGUUUCCUGGAGUGCCACAGCUCAUGGAGAAAUUAUUUACUUCAUUCAGCCAGGAAUUAUUUAGUGGAGGACCCAGAAAGUUCUUCAUGAAAGAAUUAUAUUUGAAAGCCAAAGAAACUACAAUUGCUGAAACUCUGAGCAGUGUUGUGAAAGAAUUUCCACAGGUCACUAUUGGCUCUUAUCCUAAACUUUUCCACAGUUACUACAGUGUACUGGUCACAGUGGAGUCUCAAGCAGAAGAGGAUAUGAAUAAUGCCUAUAUAAAGUUAAGAGCUGCAUUGUAUAAAGAUGUUGUUUAUUAUGACAAAGUUCCUCUGGAAGAUGCAUAUGAAAAAUUGCAGAAUUAUAUUAAAUCAUGUAAUAAUCCAUUCUGUCUGACAGCGGUUAAUGUGAUUAAACAAUGUCUACAGGAAUACAGUCCAGAAGAAAUAUGUGUUUACUUUGACGGUGACAUAGCGUCAAAUUGUGUACUGCAUUUGUACUGUGCUUUGAUACAGAAGGAAGGUUCCAUUCCUAGGAUACAGGCUGUGUGUAUCAAGGAGAAGCAGCAUUUACCUGAGCUGGAAUCAUUUGUGGUUGAAACCAUCACCAGGUAUAAUAUAAAUUAUGACGUAUUUGAGUAUCAGCAGAAGUCAUCAUUUCUGCAACUGUCAACUCGUCAGCCACCUAUAAAAGCCGUUAUUAUUGGUAACUUAAGUUGUGAGCAACAAAUAAGUGACUGCAAGAAACUGUUUGAAGAAAAUACUGAUUACUCGAAUAUCAGAUGGAUAAUGCCACUGAUAAAUUGGGAUAAAAAUGAUGUGUGGAACUUCAUUCGAGCACUGACCCUCCCAUACUGCACAUUGUAUGAUCAAGGGUAUACAACAGUGGGGAGCACAAAAGCCUUGCUGCAAGCUUUAAUGGACAUGAACAAGUCAGCAAAAGAACUGAAGUAGCAUGGUGAUGGUAUGCAUAGUAGCAUACUUGAUGCAUCUCCACUUCAUGAAUGCUGAACAACACAUUUGCUCAGUCAGAAGAAGGUGUACCCAGCUCUGUAUAUUCUUACUGUAAUAUGAUGUAAAUAUAAUGUUUCUAUUCACGGUA